AACCUAAACCUAAAAAACCCCAAAUUCAUCAAACAUCAUCAGAAAAAAAAGGCGGUCAAGAGGCUCUCUUCGCCGACAUUAACCCAUUACUUCCCAGUCUAUUGGUAUAUAAAUAUCUUUUUCAUAUCUAAUUCUAUUCUCUCUGAUAAUAAUAAUAAUAAUAAUAAGAAGAUCAAGAAAAAGAAACAAAGAUGACAGGGGUGAUGACGUGUAACGCGUGUAACACUGAAUUCACUGAAGAAAACGAUCAAAAGCUUCAUUACAAAUCCGAAUGGCAUCGUUACAAUCUCAAACGCAAAAUUGCAGGCGUUCCUGGAGUGACAGAAGCUCUCUUCUUAGCCAGAGAAACAACACUUGCUGAAGAGAGAAGUAAGCUGAAUGGUCCUGCUAUGCUGUACACAUGUCGCCUAUGUGGCAAAGGUUAUCGAAGUGCCAAGGCUCAUGCUCAGCAUCUGAAGUCUCGAUCUCACACUAUGCGGGCUUCUCAGGGCGGUCUUGAUGAUGAGAAUGAUGCAGUAAUAAAGCCACUUCCACCCCGUGCUGUGAAGAAGUCUCCCCAACAAAAGGAAGAGUUCGACGAUGAAAGUGACGAAAGUGAUGAAUGGGUGGAGGUUACUGAGAAUGAUGUUGUUGGUGAAAUGGCAUCAUCCUCUGCGCAUAUGGAAAUGAAUGAUGAAGAUGAUGAUGAUACUGACGAUGAUAUGGAUGAGGAUGAUGAAGUUGAUCCAACAUGUUGCUUUAUGUGUGAUCAAGAGCAUAAGACAAUUGAAAGCUGUAUGGUUCACAUGCAUAAGCAUCAUGGCUUUUUCAUACCCGACAUCGAGUAUUUGAAAGAUCCCAGUGGUCUUCUCACUUAUUUGGGACUUAAGGUUAAGCGUGAUUUCAUAUGCUUGUAUUGCAACAGUAACUGUCAACCAUUUAAUAGUUUGGAAGCAGUUAGGAAGCAUAUGGUGGCAAAAAGUCAUUGUAAAGUACACUAUGGUGACGAUGAUGAAGAGGAGGAGGCUGAACUAGAAGAGUUUUAUGAUUAUAGCAGCAGCUAUGUUGAUGCAAAUGGAAAGAAGAUCGUUUCAUCCGAUGGGACAGAUGAUGGUAUUGAACUUGGGAGUGGUGGAUCUGAGCUAAUCAUCACUACAGUAAAUGAUGAUAUAAUAUCAACCAAAGCAAUUGGUUCCAGGGAAUAUUUACGUUAUUAUCGUCAGAGACCACGCCCAUCUGCAACUGGAGUUCCCAUGACUGCUGUAUUGGCUGCAAGAUAUAGGAGCAUGGGCUUGUCAACAGUUCAGUCAAAGGAGAACAUGGUGAGGAUGAAGGUGAUGAAACAGAUGAACAGAACAGGUGUAGAUUAUAUGCGUUCCAAGAUGGGCAUGAAAAGCAAUGUCAUCCGAAACCUGCCUAAGAACGUCACACAUUAAGUCUUUAAUCUUCUUGAUCGACAGUUACUACCAGCAUUUAGCUCUUUAAAUAAUUAUAUUUUCAACAAUGCUCUUGAAGCUUCUAUAUUGACAACUUGGUCUUUAUUGUGAAUUUACUUAAUCUGCUAUAUACUAUAUGUCAUGUCA